AGCCUAGAAAGGGAAGAGUGUUGUAUCUUUUAUCUCUUGUAACUACUACUCGGUGAAGGUGGAGUGAGGGUGUGCAACAAAAACCUGUUGAGUAGAUUAAAUCAUUUGACUUAUUUCCUGAUUUCUGCCGAAAGCUCCGGUGGGUACAAUGUGCGCUGGCUGAGAAACCAUAGCUCUUACACUGCAGGCUGCGUUACUGCCUACCAGGUACAUUCGGCUUUCUGGACAAAGACACUAACACUUGGCAGAUCUUUCAAGUGAGACUCAAGAGACCAAACCGAGAUGCAGCUUUUUACAAGCACAGGUCCUUGCUCCUUUUGCCAUCUUGGUACUUGUAGUCUUGUCCACUGAAUCUUCACCCGAAAAGCCUGCGCUGAGACCACAACUCCCAUCACCGCGAGAGCACGGGAACCUUCAAAGCGCAUCCUCAGGAGGGGCGCCAGCGCCAUUGACAAACCUGCUGGUCGAAGGGCCCGCCUUCCAGAGCCCAAGGGCCGCCGCGAUUGGCCAGCCGCCCCGCCUCUCACGGGAGGGGCGCCAGGUGAAUGAAAGGGGGGCGUGUCGGGGCGCCCAGCUCCGCGGCGGCGCGACUGGAACCUGGUGGAAGGGAUACAGGAGUGUAGAGCAGCAGCAGCCGGUGGAGAAAUGGAGACGCACACCUACUGCGCCAAGCUCUUGGGGGAGUUGAAUGAACAGCGGAAGAGGGACUUCUUCUGCGACUGCAGCAUCAUUGUGGAAGGGCGCAUCUUUAAGGCCCACAGGAACAUUUUGUUUGCUAACAGUGGCUACUUCCGGGCCCUGCUCAUUCACUACAUCCAGGACAGCGGGCGACACAGCACCGCCUCCUUGGACAUUGUCACCUCUGAUGCCUUCUCUACCAUUUUAGAUUUCCUUUAUUCUGGGAAGCUGGAUUUGUGUGGGGAGAACGUCAUUGAAGUUAUGUCAGCUGCCAGCUACCUGCAGAUGAAUGACGUGGUGAAUUUCUGCAAGACCUAUAUCAGGUCUUCCCUCGAUAUUUGCCGGAAGAUGGAGAAGGAGGCUGCUAUGGCCGCAGCGAUGGCAGCAGCUGCGGCAGCGGCUGCAGCAGCAGCUGCAGCUGCAGCCCAUCAGGUUGACAGCGGAAGCCCCAGUUCUGGCAAGGAGGGGACCUCCUGUGGUACCAAGAGCUUGGUCUCCUCCCCUGCUGAGGGAAAAGAGAGUGUGGACUAUACAAGAGAGUCCCCUUGUGAUGACUGUGGGGAUUGCCACCCCUUGGAACUGGUGGUGAAAGACAGCCAUGGCCGUGGCUCGGCUGACAGCGACCUCUCCACUCUGCCCAAAUGGGUAGAGCCCAAGGUGGAACUGGAUGCUACAGAAGUGGAGGCAGAGGUCGGGGAGCAGCUGCCCCAGUUUGCAGCCCCACUGAGCCUGGCCCACGUGGAGGAGGGCCCGCCCGGCGGCCAGGCCGUGGACUUGGCUUACAGUAACUACCACGUGAAGCAGUUCCUGGAGGCUCUCUUGCGCAGUGGUGCUGUCCAGAGCAAAGAUGAUGCAGUCCACCACCUUCCUCGAGGUCUGGAGGGAAGACCGGAACGUGCAGGGAUAGCCGUGAGCUCUGUGGUGGAUGUCCAGACUGACUGGUAUGGAGAGGACUCAGGUGACGUGCUGGUGGUGCCCAUCAAGCUCCACAAGUGUCCUUUCUGCCCGUACACUGCCAAACAGAAGGGCAUCCUCAAGCGCCACAUCCGCUCCCACACGGGCGAGCGGCCCUACCCCUGCGACACCUGCGGCAAGAGGUUCACCCGCCAGGAGCACCUGCGGAGCCACGCCCUGAGCGUCCACAGAUCCAAUCGUCCCAUCAUCUGCAAGGGCUGCAGAAGAACCUUCACAAGCCACCUGUCACCGGGGCUGAGGCGCUUUGGGCUGUGUGACAGCUGCACUUGUGUCACAGACACUCACGAGGACGAGGACGAUUUGACGCCCAUUAACCUCAGCCUGGUGGAGGCUUCCUCCGAAAGCCAGGAGAAGAGUGACACAGACAAUGACUGGCCCAUCUACGUGGAAUCUGGUGAGGAGAACGACCCUGCCGCAGAGGGUUCUGAUGACAAGCCUCGAAUUCGGCCCAACUUAUCAGACCACAGGACGCUCACAUAGCAAUAAACUGGUGGGGAAGACCUUUCA